CGCGUCUCGCAACUUCAUGAGCCAGUCUUUUAUGAAAAGGGCUGGCCUUGGUGCACAAGUUCGGAGGAAGGCAAACCCGACGGCGAUCAAGUUGGCGGAUGGUAAGACGCAACAACUUCUCGACCGUUACAUCGAGGCCGUACCGGUCUACUUCGCACCUCAUGCAUGCGAACCAGUCACGUUCGAUAUUCUCGACACGGACUUCGACAUCAUUCUGGGAAUGCCUUGGCUUGCAAGUGCGGAUCACACGGUCAACUUCCAUCGGCGGACUCUUAGCAUUCGUGACGCCUUCGGCGCGGAAGUGGCGUGUACUGUUCCUCUACCGCACUCUUCGAUCCGGUGCCAAGUGGUAACGGCCAAAUCAUUCCAGGCGACUUGUGCCUAUGAGCAGCCCGAUGAGAUCGGCCUAUGUUUCCUACAGACCGUCGCGGUAGCCGACUCUUCCCCCACGGACUUGUCUUCGGACCCCCGUGUGGUGCGGUUGCUGGACGAGUUCGCCGAUAUCUUCGAGUCACCUACCGGUGUGGUGCCGGAUCGGCCGAUCUCUCACGAGAUCAUUCUUGAGGCCGGUGCUGUGCCGCCGAAAGGUUGCAUCUAUCGGAUGAGCGAGGAGGAGCUUGAGGUACUCCGCGCACAACUCGAUGAUUUGUUGGCCAAAGGCUGGAUCCGCCCGAGCAGCUCCCCAUAUGGAGCAUCUGUUCUCUUCGUCUGGAAGAAGAACAAGGAUCUACGAUUGUGUAUCGACUACCGCAAGCUCAACGCGCAAACCAUCAAGAAUGCGGGGCCUCUUCCUCGCAUCGACGAUCUUCUCGAGCGACUGGGCGGCGCAAAGUAUUUUUCCAAGUUGGAUUUGAAAUCGGGAUAUCAUCAAAUCUCGAUCCAGCCGCACGAUCGCUACAAGACSGCGUUCAAGAYACRGUACGRGCAUUUUGAGUGGKUGGKCAUGCCUUUUGGCCUCACCAAYGCCCCGGCGACGUUCYAGGCGGCGAUGACCAACGAGUUCCGUGCAAUGUUGGACCGGUUCGUGCUGGUCUACUUAGACGAUAUUCUCGUCUACAGCCGGUCAUUGGAGGAUCAUCUGGGGCACCUUCGACGAGUGUUGGAGACGCUCCACCGCGCCAAGUACAAGGCCAACCGCGACAAGUGUGAAUUUGCCCGGCAGGAGCUGGAAUACUUGGGCCAUUUUGUCACAGUGGAGGGCAUCAGUCCGCUAUCGGACAAGAUUCAGGCCGUCCAGGAGUGGCCGGAGCCUCGGAACGUCACGGACGUUCGCUCGUCAGCUGGUGACUGGGACCAGCAUAUUGCAAGGCAACUUGCAGAAUUGGCCCUUGCUUGCGCAGCAAUGCAGCGAAGGGAACGACCUGAUCUCGACACACACGUCUUGCCAAAAUUGCUGGAACUUCAGUCAGCUGCCGAAGAGGCUGCAGAAAAGUCUCGGAAGAAGCAACCGCAUCUAGUUGAGACACUCCCAGAGGCCUUCAUUUGCCCAAUCUCACAGGAAUUGAUGGAAGAUCCAGUUGUGGCACCCGAUGGACACACCUAUGAGCGAAAGGAGAUUGAAAGGUGGUUCGAGACCCAUCAGACCUCCCCUAUGACAAACCUUUGGUUGAACAGCAAGAUUCUGGUUCCUAAUCAUGCUGUUCGAUCGGCAUUGCAGGAGUGGAAGGCAAAAAUGGAAGAAGAACAACAAGGCUCUUGCUUGAUGGAGUACAUCAACAGCUGAAACUUAGUAAGAAUAUAACGAUCAUCACUUCUAAGGUGUUGCACAUGCCGAAUUGUGCAUCUCUUGAGCGUGUAUCUUGUGCCAUUCUACAGGCUCUCCUCUCAUAUCAUUUUUAUCCUCACAUCCAUCCAAGAAGGGGGCCAGUUAGUGAAGCCAUGCUAGACUUAUGGACUCACAGCACUAGAUCCGCAGUUUCAGGUGGACCCAGAAAACCAGCUCCACAGUUUCAGGUGGUACCUACAGGGGACCAGGCCCACCCUUCUGGCUGGAACCUGCUCUCGGGAUUUGCAGUUUCUCAAGGAUUCAGAGGACCAAGUCAAUUGCCACGCAAAGCUCGUGACGGGGUUUCUUCUUGCCAUCUGGUCGCAUGGUGUCACUCGCUACUGUCAUCAUCCCAGUCGACCUCCACUGAGCCAAGAGCGAGAUGGACAGGGAGAGGCGGUUAACGGACGCCUCAAUUUUCAGACAACUUCUCAUGCCAUUUAUAACAAAACCCAAGGGUCAAUUUAACCAAACUUGCCACCAAUUCAUAGAGUGGAGAUUAUACAAAUUGAAAAAAAAAAAAAAAACUAACUAAAAAAAUAAAAAUUUGCCAACAUUUUGGGGAAAAAAAAAAGAAAGAGAAAGCGGGGGUCCCCGUUAAUCACUUGUGAAACUCUUGGGACAGAGGCGUUAAAACGUCGUUAAGUAAGGUAAGGCUGGCUUGCAGCCCAAGAAUCUUGUGGCAAGGCAUUAUGUGCACGGAGGAAUACGGCCGAGAAAGCAAAGUGGGUCAGCUGGAACUAGCUUAGGAAAUGUGCUGGAAACAGCGAGUGCUCUCCAACCUCAUCCAUGCAUUCGGCAACGGCCAUGGUCUAAUCGUGCUUAUUCUCGUUUGGAGACGAGUCCUUCUGUUACAUGAGAAGAAAAUGUGAGCGCAAUGUAGUUCUACAAGCCAUUUCCAUGUCGAUUUAGUGUUGUUCAUUCCAUCUGUCGUAUGCCCCUCUCAUCUGUGAGUUAUGUUGGCUUUUGAUAGUGAUGUCAACUCCUUCGUCUUGGGUGUGCCUCUUUGUUGUGGUGUGUGUGUGUUAAUACAGUGAGUCUGCUCGAGAUGCAAUGUUCGUAAUGGUGAUUCGGCACAUUGGGGAGGGAUUUCUAUGGGCAGCAAGAAAAGUACUGGGGUUCCAUGUGUGCAUGCUAUUUUUUUUCCUUAUUAAGAGAUGUGUGUAAUAUGUGUGUUGUAUGAACUUGUAUCAUACUGGGGGGGUUAGAGAUUUCUAUGGGCAACUAGAGAAGUAUGGCUUAGCUUGUUAUCAAGUAGAGCGAGUAGAGCGAGGUUCGCUUCCAUCUUGUGAAUUGCCUGCCGUUGUUUUGGCUCUUACCGCCUUCAUGAAAUAGGGUAAUUGGCGACUUGUCAUUGCUUUAACUGGUGUUAUUGACCAUCAUCAAUCAUUUUAGAAGGAUUCACUAUGUUUGCCAUGCGGACGACUUCCUGAUUGGAGUCAUCGGACCUAGAGCACUAGCCAAUAGAAUACGAAGUCUAGUGGCACGAUUUCUCAAACUCCACUCGCCUUGCUUACAGUGAUCAGACAGAUGGGUUCGGUUGGCAUCCAUCAGGUAGUCAUCGCCAGGCAUCACUGACAACAGCUUCCCCCCCCCCCCCCCCUUUUUCCGUAUAAAGGGGGGCGGCCUGGAGGUGUCAUCGUCGAGCUGACCUGUCCCGGAGUGACUUUACUCAUCGGAUUCCGUCAGGAUUUGAACUCAGGUCUGCUUAUCAAGAGUUCAUGUGUACACCAUGGGCUGGGUAUGUACUAUGUAUGCAUAUGAAGCGCACAGGUUCUUACACACUUGGAUUGCUAUUUUUUUUUGCUGCCCGUUUCUCUGAAGUGGAAGUGGAGUGUCAAGCAUUGUUACACACUAGCAGAUAUACGUAGGUCGUAGAACAGUGAGAACCAAUUCUGUAAGUAAGUAAGCGUUUCUUUUUUAUCGACUGGCCUUGUGAACGCCCGGCAUCUGUUAGUCUGCUGUGAUCAGGUUUUCGCAUACUUGCUGUACUUCUUUGUGUUGCGUCUUUUGAUGUGGAAGCGGGUCAAGAAUUGCUGCUUGGUAAUUACAGUCAGGCAUGUGUGUUUCUUCUUCUUUUACUCGAGUGAGAACACAGAGAAGCGAUGCUGUCAGCGCAUCUAGUCAUGAGGUGGGUCUUGAUUGACCCUUGGGUACAGGAACCUGGGAAGUGCUUAUGAUUUUUAUUUUUUGUUAACAUACGUCGGACACGCUAGUGUUGGUGGGUGGCAAUAUUAUUAUGAUAAAGUACUAAAUUAGUAAAUUGGGUUGUGGCAUCAUGUAUCAAGUCCCUUUUGGGGAAUUUUGAAAGUUUUUGGCCUCUUGAGAUUCUUUUCGUGACCCCGAACACUGCUGUAGCAGCUGUGCGGCCGCAGACCGUCUCCUUAUGACACACUCUUUGGGCAAGGAUCUCAAGCGCCCAUAAACGGGUACAACGUUCAAUUCUGCUGUGCUUUAGAAAUGUAGAAGUAGGCAGGAGUUUGUCGCUGUUCACCACUCACUCCCAGCAAGGAGUUUUUCAUGAAAUUUCAAAUUUCAUCAGCACUGUUUUUUUUUUAACAAACAGGCCGAGCCCAUCUGAUGUUUUCCUUCUGUCGUCUCUGUCUAAUGAGCAAACGAACAGAAGCUGAAAUUUGUAGAUACUCUUAUCAGGUGCUUCUGGCUGUGAUUAAAUCUUUGGGCCACCUGCCUACCUUGAUGAGGGUGUAUAUUGUGCUUUAGUCAAUACCUACCUGGCUUCUUACUUGAGAGUCUUAUCUUCUCUUGGCUGACUGGGCUUGUCAGCUACAAUGGACGCAGCCUUUUCAAAGGAGUGUAAACACUGUAAAGUCAUUCUCAAAUAAAUUGGUGCACAUCUU